UAUGAUAUAGUAUCUAGUAUCUGAAGCCGUCGGCAAACAUAGCUCUAUACAAGUUUUAUAUACACAUGUUUGUUGUCUUACGUAAUAAAGUGUACUUCAAUAUAUGUGGCUUCCUCCAAUUGAACACACUUGUUUAUUUAGUCCUAAUAAGGGUCCAUUAUACAUUAAUCAGUGCCGUGAUUCCUCAUCUUAUUGCAUUAACUAUCCUAUAUGCAACUCUUUCAAUAUAGUCCCUACUUCAAUCACCUCAAUCUCAUCUUUGUUUCAGAACUUGAUGGAUCAUGGAUGAACUUAACUCAGUUGUUUGUGGGAUAAACGUUUUUCAUUCCUUCUUUCCUACCAAUUUUCAGCUCUUGCCCACAAAAAUUGGGGUUGCAAUUGUAUACAAAUAAAUGUUCUUUUGCUUUCCUUGCAGCUUAUGGGUUGGAAUAAAUGAAGUCUCAACUUAAAGUUGCAGCUGUUCUUGCUAUUAACUUGCUAUGGAUUCAGCACUCAUUUUGUGCAGAUGAACCUUCUGAGACUUACCUAAACAAGUGGAAAUGUAGAUGUUCUUCUUUCCAAAGGAACCAUAGAUACUCUCUUUCUAAUUGUUCUCACUCAUGUGAUUGCCAUUCAGAUGCUGAAGAUAGUGAAUCCUCAUGGACAUGCAUAUGUGAUACCAAUGGAUUCCCUAAAGUGGCAGCAGGUGGCCAUAGCUCUAGUUGCUUUAAAUCCUGCAACUGCACCUGGGGAAGCAAAAGCGUUGCAUUAGGUUCCAAGAAACACAUUUCAACAAGGACUGUGAUAGUAGUUGUGCUUUUAAUAUGUGUUGUAUGCAGCACUCUUGCAUUUAUUGCCUCAGUUCUAUACUAUGUCUGCAGAAGAGACAGCUGUUCAAUUCAAUCACCAAUGGUUUUAUCAGAUAAAGAAACAAGUUACAAUAGUACCUCCAACUUAAUUAGUCAUAGAACAUUUUCAGUUCCAGAAACAAAAGCUGCUAUUCAUUUUCCAGGAUGCUUUCAGAAGGCCUCUUUCCUGUUUGGGAGCCAUAGAGAAACUUUUCAUGGAAGUAUCAUUCGAUUUUCGUUCUCUGAGCUGGAAAAUGCCACUGGAAACUUCUCAACUUCCAACAUAAUUGGACUUGGUGGAUGUAGUUAUGUAUACCGCGGACGACUUAAAGAUGGAAGUAACGUGGCAGUUAAGCGAUUAAAAGAUGAAGGAGGACCUGAAGCAGACACUGAAUUUUUCACUGAGAUUGAACUAUUGUCUAGGCUUCAUCAUUGUCAUCUGGUGCCAUUGCUUGGAUACUGCUCAGAAUUAAAAGGGAAAAAUGUUCAUAGGUUACUAGUGUUUGAGUACAUGCCUAAUGGGAAUUUGAGGGACCGUUUGGAUGGAGUUUUUGGAAAGAACAUGGGUUGGUCUACUCGGGUAAAUAUCGCAUUGGGAGCUGCCAGGGGUUUGGAGUAUCUCCAUGAAGCAGCUGCUCCAAGAAUUCUGCAUAGAGAUGUCAAAUCAACCAACAUUCUUCUUGAUGAAAAUUGGCAUGCAAAAAUAACUGAUCUUGGUAUGGCUAAAAACUUGAUAUCUGAUGACAUACCCAGUUGUCCUGGCUCUCCAGAGAGAAUGCAGGGCACAUUCGGGUAUUUCGCACCCGAGUAUGCAAUUGUUGGGAGAGCUUCUCUUGAAUCUGAUGUAUUUAGUUUUG